AUGGACUGCACUCAGGCGCAGAAGGUUCGGUAUGGAACUCAUAUGCUGGCAGUCGAAGCUGAUGACUGGUGGUUAGAGACUCGUCAGAGAUUGGAAGUUGCUGGUGAAGAGAUCACUUGGAUUGUUUUCCGCAGAGAAUUUCUCAGGAAGUAUUAUCCUGAAGAUGUUCGGGGUAAGAAGGAGAUUGAGUUCCUUGAGCUGAAACAAGGGAAUAUGUCAGUGACAGAGUAUGCUGCAAAGUUCACUGAGUUGGCUAAGUUCUACCCGUAUUAUGAGGGAGCAGGUGCUGAGUUUUCAAAGUGCAUCAAGUUUGAGAACGGAUUGCGCUCUGAGAUUAAGAAAGCUGUUGGGUAUCAAAAGAUUCGUAUCUUUCCUAAUCUGGUUGAUAGUUGCAGGAUUUAUGAAGAAGAUCAUAAUGCACAUUACAAACUUGUCAAGGAUAGGAGAGGCAAGCAGAAUCGUAGCACACCUUAUGAUGCUCCAGUUGGAAAGGGAAAAGCAGAAGUGGCUAAUGGAAAGAAAACUAGUGGGGGAGGAGCUCCUGCUAGCGUGGUUUGUUUCAAAUGUGGAGAACCUGGUCACAAGAGUGAUGUGUGUACUGCUGGGGAGAAAAGAUGUUUCCGUUAUGGUAAGAUAGGACACGUAACUACUGAUUGUAGGCAUAAAGAAGUUAUCUGUUUCAACUGA